AUGUUUACCCUACUCCUUUCCCCAGGGCCAUACUCCGCGGGUGUUCGCGUCCUCUACUCGACGUGUUGCCGACCGGAGCGUCGCGUAUGCGAACCUGGGCUGACCUGUCUACGCGCCACCGUCGACGCGCCGAAUUUAAAGUUUAUUCUGUCAGGCUGUCACCCCCCGGAAGACGGUCUCGUAGGCUGUGAGACUCACCCCAUCCCUCACUUCAACGCCACGCUCCGCCGAUGCGUCUGUAUGGACGAGCGAUGUCAGAGGGACUUUCCGAAGCCGAGCAAAGAUUGCGGUCCAACACCGAGUGUACCAUACCCAAAAGUGGACCCUGACGACAACCUCUUCACAAAUUUGAUCAACAAUAUUGAGGAAUCGGAUGAGAAACGGACAGAAAAUUCCGUCGAGUUCCGGUCAUCAGAAGAGGAGUAUCGGUCGUUGAGGGAACGGGAGAAGCCGGCGAAGACCCCAAACCACGAGCGAGCUUCAUCUGAGCGUGGCUAUCAGCCUUCCCCAGUCCAAAGCCCAAGCUACUACCGAAAAACGACAACGAACGAAAAAUUGGCAAGCCGAACAGUGACUAUACGUAUCACGCUGAAAAUUUGCGAGUACGAAACAAUGCUGCUUCCGCACCUGUUCGCCAAAUUUCAUGAAAAUCGGAUA